AUUCAUCCAAUAAAUUUAUAUCAAAGUUGGAUAAAUUAGUUUAAUUAUUUGAACUAAUUAUGACAUGGACAAAGGUAAUGAAUUCUCCAACUUCAACAGUGGUAUAACAAACUUUAACAGUGGUUUAACAAAUUUUAACAGUGGAUUAACAAAUUCCAACGGUGGAUUAACAAAUUUCAACAGUGUGGAUGUGCAGAAUUUAAGCUUUCCCUUAAGCUCUGACGAGGAUUUCAGUGCUUUGGGGAAGCUAAAAAAUGAAUUACGGGAGAAUCUUGAAGUGUUAGAGAAUUAUUUGAAAAAUGAACCGAGCACUGAGCAUGAGUGGCAGUCAGUUCUUAACUAUAAAAACAACUUAAAAUCAAGGCUAAGUCAGGCGAAUUCUCAAGUUUCGCGCCUGCUGAAGCAGUAUUCCAUGAAUUCUAACAGUGUAAAAUAUGUGCAAAGUCAGAGGUAUAGUAGCAUUUUUGACCAGUUAACCUCCGAGUUCAACAACGCUUCUAAGCAAAUAGAUACGAGAUACCAACGAUUUAUCCUCUUUAGCUCACCUGACAACUACUACAAAGAUGAAGAAAAAACUAAAAUUACACACUCGAGGGGAUUAGUGGAUGCGAUUAUGGAUGUUGAGUCGCUUACCGGCCAGGCAACUCAGAAUCUUGAACUUCUUAAAAAGGGAAAUAGGAAACUCGCUAAAAUAUACAACAGAGUGAAUACUAUGGUCAACAAGCAUCUGUUUGAUGUUCAGAAACUGCAAAAGAAUAUUAACUUUAUCAUGACCAGAAAUAGAGCCAUUUUCUCCAUUAUCAUUGGAAUCUUUCUAUUUUUCAUCUUCUGUAAAAUAUUCCUCAAAUUCAAAUAAACUUUUUAAAUCAACCUUUUAAAUCAACAUUUAAAUCCUCCAAAUUUU